CCGGCUAGCAGUUGAUAGUAGAGGCAAUUUCUUGCCCACCAUGCUCGACGCCCUGGUAGACGCUGCAAGGGAUGGGGUACAUAAUGCGGCGGCUGUUGCCUCUGCCGGUCUAGCAGCAGCAGAAUCUCCAAACAUGCCUUCUCUCCGCACUCUCAGCAAGCUGGCCGUUGGAGGCGCGCAAAUCAUCCUCGGCGGCGGGAAGCGCGUCAUGGGUGACUUCACCCAAAGCUGUCCCAAUGCCCAGCUGAGCUGCCACAACACGACUGCCGUUGCGAACCUGUGCUGUUUCAACGCGCCGGGCGGCCAGCUCCUGCAGACACAGUUCUGGGAUGCUUCGCCGCCCACGGGGCCCGACGAUAGCUGGACUAUCCACGGACUAUGGCCCGACCGCUGCGACGGCACCUACGACGCAAACUGCGACUCGUCGCGGUCCUACUCCAACAUCUCGGCCAUCCUCAACUCGUUUGGCGCAACCGAGCUCCUGUCGUACAUGUCGACGUACUGGAAAGACUACCAGGGCCACGACGAAUCCUUCUGGUACCACGAGUGGGCCAAGCACGGCACGUGCAUCUCGACGCUGGACCCAGAGUGCUACACGGACCACAAGCCCACCGAGGAAGUCGUCGACUUCUUCCAGAAAACCGUUGAUUUGUUCAAAACACUGCCGAGCUACCAGUGGCUCAGCGACGCGGGCAUCGUGCCCAGCACAUCCCAAACAUACACCUUCGACGCCAUCCAGCAGGCCAUCAAGGCAAAGCGCCCAGACGUCGAUGUAACACUCGGCUGCCGCUCCGGCGCCCUAAACGAAAUAUGGUACCACUUCGAUGUCCGCGGCAGCAUCCAGACGGGGGAAUUCGUCCCCUCGAAUCCAGAUGGCACGAAAUCUACCUGUCCCAAAUCGGGAAUCAAGUACCUUCCUAAGCACGGUAACGGCGGUGGUGGUGGUGGAUCAUCGCCUCCUAGCACCACUACUACUACAACAGCAGGUAGUAGUCCCGCGCCGACAUCUGCCCCCGGCACGCCCUUCAGCGGCCGAGGCAUCCUGAAUGUCGUGCUCAACGGCAAGCAGCAAGGCUGCAUCAUCAGCAAGGGCACGUGGUACACCACGGGCACGUGCGCGACCUUUACCGCUUCGGCCGCCGGUGCCGGCGACAGCUUUACGCUGUCGAGCUCAAAGGGCAACUGCGGUGUUGUCGGCGGCGCGCUGACGUGCGGAGGCGGCGUCAGUUCCGGUACGGCCUUCACCAAUGCCGACGGGGUGCUGGCCGCGGGUGGAAACGCCAAGUGGAGUGCCGAUGCCGUGGCCAAGGGAAGCACGCAGCAGACGGUGUAUGCCGGCGGCGAUCACGCGGCUGCGUUUAGCAUUUCCUGGCAGUCUGUGUAGGUGAUGAAACCUAUGUGACAUUUUUUUUAUAUAUACAGAGAGCAUUGCCGAAUCCCGCCAUGUAUGGGUUGCAUAGAUGCGAAUGAGAACUUGCAU